GAGAGAGAGAGAGAGAGUGGGGUCGGACAAGAGUGAGAGAAGCAGUGAGACGAAAACACACAAAAGUUGUGACUUUGCAAAAAGAGGGCAGGUACCAGAGGCAGGACGAUGAAGGCCGGCGCGGGACUCUUCUCUGCAUUGGCUCUGUUCCUCCUGAUGGGGGCAGUGUUGACCCAGUUAGUUCGGCCAAAGAAGCCCACCAGGCGCCCAGCCACCAACAGGAGGCCUUCUGUCGCCAAGCCUGCUGUGCCGGCACAGCCAGAGCCACAGGAGCCCACAGAUUUCCCCCCACCCAUUCUGGGCCCACCCUCCAUGUUCCCUGACUGCCCCCGAGAGUGUCUCUGCUCCCCAAACUAUCCAAACUCUCUCAACUGUGAGAACCGCAACAUCCGUGCGAUCCCUGUCAUCCCAUCCAGAACCCACUACCUGUACCUGCAGAACAACUACAUCUCAGAGGUGACAGCAGAGCCAUUCGUCAACGCCAGUGAGAUCCGCUGGAUCAACUUAGCAAACAAUCGCAUUCUUCGAAUACAUAAACAGGUCUUUGAGAAGAUCCCGUCCCUGCUCUAUCUCUAUGUGCACCGUAAUCAGCUCAAAGAAGUUCCUCAAGGUCUCCCAGCGAGCCUAGAACAGCUCCGCCUUAGCAGGAAUCAUAUAACCAAGAUCCCUUCAGGUGCCUUUGGCAAGAUGGAGAAUCUGACUCUUCUUGAUCUGUACCACAACCAGCUGAGUGACAGUGACCUGGGAAGAAACACAUUCAAGGACCUGAAGGGCCUCAUGCAGCUCAACCUGGCUCACAAUGUCCUGAAGAAGAUGCCUGAUGGCGUACCCAGUGGUCUCAUACAGCUUUAUCUGGACAGGAACCGUAUAGAUGACAUCCCAAAAAACUACUUCAGAGACUUAACUCACCUGGCAUUUGUGAGGCUGAACUACAACCAGCUUAGUGAUAAAGGAGUUCCCAAGGGUGUUUUUAACAUUUCCAGCUUGCUGGAUCUUCAACUGGCCCACAAUCAGCUCACGUCUGUUCCCCUCUUCAACGGACACCUGGAGCAACUGCAUCUUAACCACAACAGCAUUGAGAACAUCAACGGCACUCUGAUCUGCCCAUACAGCCUGCAGGCUGACCUGAGCGAUCACAGCCUGGCACCCAAACUAAGGUACCUGCGUUUGGAUGGAAAUCACCUGAGCCCACCCAUCCCUCUGGAUGUCAUUAUGUGCUUCAGGCACCUCCACUCCAUUGUCAUUUAGAAGAAGCCCGUUUGAAGGCCUGGGGAUACACACAUGCACACACACACGCACAUAUACACACAUUCAUUUCACACCCAUAACCACAUGUGCACACACAAGCACCGUGCACAAGUUGAUUUGGAGGCAAAAUGCUGAGUGAAGCACAGCGUAUAUCCACUCAUACAGUAUAUGCCGUGGAAAUGUGUAUUUGAAAGGGGGACUUUAGAUCAAUUUAAAAAUAAUAAUAAUUGUAAAGCUUUAUAGCUAUUAAAGCUUUAAUAUCUUGAAUAGUUUCCAGAUCCAGGACAGUGAACUAAGAUGAGUGGAUAAUCCAACAUUUAGGGGUUAGGAGUUGCAGUUUAUCCAAAUAUUUGUGUGUAUAAAACAGGAGUGAGUGAAGCCUGAAAAUACAGGUACAUUGACAGAUGCUACAACAUAUGGAGAUAGUUAUGUUAGCAGAUAUUCAGAGUUCAGACCUGCAGUGGAUGUCAGAAAGAACCAGAUCAAAACGUGACUACCAUGUAGUUGAACCUGUCCUAACUGUGCCUGUGAUUUUCAAGGUACUCCCAUGUAAAAAUGUCUUUCUACUCUUUUUGUUAGUCUUCUGUAUAGUAUUCUUCUGUAUAAAGAAGCUUUGUACAAACAAUGAAAAAUAAAUUCUUUUUCUUUCAACA